UAGCAUAUGAUUACAUACUGUCUCUCCCAACGACGUCGUUCUCGAGAGGCGCGAAAUUGGAACGCCUAUUCUCUAAUAGAAUCCAGGGCUGCAAUGAGAGGGUAGUAGUUCCAUCUCAACCGUCCACGUGUUCACACGGAGUAAAUGACUCAAAAUGCAUGGAGAGAAUGAAGCAUUUCUGUCUUCCCCCAAUGGAACAAACCCCGAUUCGUCACAGUAACUUCCUGCCCCAUUUCUCCCUCAGGAAAUGGAGCGACGGAGCACCGAAUCUGAUUCUGUACGUCUUCUAGGACUAUCCCAAGACCUUCUCCGUUACCGCAACUUCUCGUCCUCCCGCAGGUACGCUCUCCAAGCUCUACUCUCCCACCCUAACCUCCGUUGGCCUCACCAAAUACUUGCCAUCCUCCACGUCCUCAUUGCCGCCGAUCACCCCAUCAACCCCCACCUCCCCGACUGGUACUCCAUCCUCCAACUCCACCCCCUAUCCGACAAUACACCCCUCAUUCGGAAACAGUUCGACAAACUCUCCCUCCUCCUCAAUCCACUCACCAACCACUUCCCCUUCUCCCAAGACGCCUUCACCCUCGUCCGCGACGCCUGGUCCCUCCUCUCCCGCCCCGAUAGGAAGGCUCUCUACGAUCGCCGACUGGCUCAGCACUCUUCCAAGAUGGAGGAUAAUGGUGAUACGUUCUGGACUCUCUGUCCUUAUUGUUAUUGUCUGUUUCAGUACUAUAGGGUUUAUGAGGACUGUUGUUUGAGGUGUCAGAAUUGUACGAGGGCGUUUCAGGCGGUAAUGAUUCCCUCGCCGCCCAAAGCUGUGGAAGGGACUAAUCACUACUGUUGUUUUGGGUUUUUUCCCUUAGGGUUUUCGGGAAAUGUGGAUGAACCUAAGAAUGAUUUUGUCGAUAUUUCUGAUAAAAGCGAGGAUUCAUCUGGAGAACUUGGGCGUAAAAAGAAAGGAAAUACCAUAAAUCUAGACAGUGAGAAGCCAAAAGAGGAGGAAGUGGAGAAGGGAGGUGACCGCACUGUUGAGAACAUAAAAACUGGUGAUGUAGAUGGAGAAUUUGGGGUUACAGGGAAAAGAAGAGUCAUGAAUGUGGAAAGGGCGAAGCCAGAAGAAGAGGAAGCGAGGAAGGGAAGCGACGGCAUUGGUGAAAAGGUGAAAACUAGUGAAGAUGGGUUUCUAUCGCCAAAUGUCACCAAAAGACCCAUGAAGAGGAAGUCUGUGGCAAAGAACACAAAGAAGUUGAUGGGAACCGGGAAACGAGGUAGGAGAUAUCAAAAUAUAAUAUUUGCCAUGGGAACUGACAAACCGAACUGCAACGUGAAAGCAGGGAGUGGGGUUGAAGAGGGUGGUGCUGGAAUGGUUGGAGGACUUGGGUCAGGAAGUUCAGGUGUUUGUGUUUUUGCUGGGCGCGAGUUGUGUGAGGAAGAUGAUGACAUCCCUGUGGGUGUGCCCAUCUCUUGUGAUGGCUGGAAUGGAAACUUCAAAUCUUUUUAGGUUUGCUCACGUAUCUCCAUUUUUAUAUACAUGAUUCUACCAUUUGAUGGUUUAAGAAAUAGCAGUUAGGGUUUUUGAUUAGCUGGUUACUCGACAGUUGAAAAGGAAUGCAAAGUCUAUAGAAUAGUUUUGGACAUACCUUGGGCAGUGUAAAAAAAGUAGCAGUCAGAUCUUUUGUUUGGAUGGGUACUUCAUAGCUGAAAAGUAAUGCAACGUUUUAGUAUGGUUUUCCAUGUUCA